UUUCCUGCCUCCAUCUGGGCCCUGCUGAUAUUGUAAUCACCCUGAUGCACGUUGGCUUCUCUCCUCUCCCUCCUGCGCUCACACACUCACUCACACACAAUGUGCCAUCCUGACAAGCCUUUUACUUCUGAUAAGCUCCGAUGUGUGUUUAAUGAAUACAAAGCCGCGGUCUGGGUGCCGCCUCGGCUGCGGCCGCUCUCCUGCGCUCCUUUGCCAGAAGAUCGGACUGAGAAGCACUCCACGAUGCCAGACUCACCUGUGGAUGUGAAGACCCCGUCCAGGCUGACUCCUCCCACCAUGCCACCGCCCCCCACAACUCAAGGAGCUCCAAGAACCAGUUCAUUUACGCCGACGACUUUAACUAAUGGCACGAGCCAUUCACCCACAGCCUUGAAUGGCGCCCCCUCGCCGCCCAAUGGCUUUAGCAAUGGGCCUUCCUCCUCUUCCUCUUCUUCUCUGGCUAAUCAACAGCUGCCCCCAGCCUGUGGCGCCAGGCAGCUCAGUAAGCUGAAACGGUUCCUUACUACCCUGCAGCAGUUUGGCAAUGACAUUUCUCCAGAGAUAGGAGAGAGAGUCCGCACCCUCGUACUAGGACUGGUGAACUCUACUUUGACAAUUGAAGAAUUUCAUUCCAAACUGCAAGAAGCUACUAACUUCCCACUGCGACCUUUUGUCAUCCCAUUUCUGAAGGCCAACUUGCCCCUGCUGCAGCGCGAGCUCCUCCACUGCGCAAGGCUGGCCAAACAGAACCCUGCCCAGUACCUCGCCCAGCAUGAACAGCUGCUUCUGGACGCCAGCACCACCUCACCUGUUGACUCCUCAGAGCUGCUUCUCGAUGUGAACGAAAACGGGAAGAGGCGAACUCCAGACAGAACCAAAGAAAAUGGCUUUGACAGAGAGCCUUUGCACUCAGAACAUCCAAGCAAGCGACCAUGCACUAUUAGCCCAGGCCAGCGGUACAGUCCAAAUAACGGCUUAUCCUACCAGCCCAAUGGCCUGCCUCACCCCACCCCACCUCCACCUCAGCAUUACCGUUUGGAUGAUAUGGCCAUUGCCCAUCACUACAGGGACUCCUAUCGACACCCCAGCCACAGGGACCUCAGGGACAGAAACAGACCUAUGGGGUUGCAUGGCACACGUCAAGAAGAAAUGAUUGAUCACAGACUAACAGACAGAGAAUGGGCAGAGGAAUGGAAACAUCUUGACCAUCUGUUGAACUGCAUCAUGGACAUGGUGGAGAAGACACGGCGGUCCCUCACCGUGCUGCGGCGGUGUCAGGAGGCCGACCGCGAGGAGCUGAAUUACUGGAUCCGGCGCUACAGCGACGCUGAGGACUUGAAGAAAGGCGGCGGCGGCGGCGGCGGCCACUCCCGGCAGCAGAGCCCGGUCAACCCGGACCCGGUGGCGCUAGAUGCGCAUCGGGAAUUCCUUCACAGGCCUGCUUCUGGAUACGUGCCAGAGGAGAUCUGGAAGAAAGCUGAGGAGGCGGUCAACGAGGUGAAGCGCCAGGCGAUGACCGAGCUGCAGAAGGCGGUGUCGGAGGCCGAGCGGAAAGCCCAUGACAUGAUCACGACCGAGCGCGCCAAGAUGGAGCGCACGGUGGCCGAGGCCAAGCGGCAGGCGGCGGAGGACGCGCUGGCCGUCAUCAAUCAGCAGGAGGAUUCGAGCGAGAGUUGCUGGAACUGCGGCCGCAAAGCAAGCGAAACCUGCAGCGGCUGUAACACAGCCCGGUACUGUGGCUCAUUUUGCCAGCACAAAGACUGGGAGAAGCACCACCACAUCUGCGGACAGACCCUGCAGGCCCAGCAGCAGGGGGACACGCCCGCGGUCAGCUCCUCCGUCACGCCCAACAGCGGGGCCGGGAGCCCCAUGGACACACCACCAGCAGCCACCCCGAGGUCGACCACCCCGGGGACCCCUUCUACCAUAGAGACAACCCCUCGCUAGACGUGAACUCAGAACUGUCAGAGGAAAGACAACACAACCAACACGGAACCAAUUCCUCGUCCUCAGAUGCUCAAAGUUGUUUUUUUGUUUGUUUCUAGAUGAACUAUCCUAUUUCAGUACUUCAGCCAGAGAGGACCUAACUGUACCUUGAGGUAGUAGUAAAACAGAGGGCCAGUAACGGGUCGUAAUGACUUAUUGUGGAUAACAAAGAUAUCUUUUCCUUAGAGAACUGAAAAGAGAGCAGAGAAUAUAACAUGAAAUGAUAGAUUUGACCUCCUCCCUGUUAUUUUCCAGUAGCUGGGAUUUUAAACUAGGUGACCUCAUUAACCGAUGCUUUACCAAACAGCAAACCAAGAGAUUGCUAAUUGCUGUUGAAAGCAAAAAUGCUAAUAUUAAAAGUCACAAUGUUCUUUAUAUACAAUAAUGGAAAAAAAAAAAAAAGAGGAAAACCCUCAAGGGCAUGAGCAUUGGCUACAGCGGUAGACAUUUUAACAAGAAGAUGAAUGGCGUCCGUGGGUUGCUAACUGAACUUUGAAGACCCGCUACAAAACGCGCAGAUGUGUAGCAUAUUGGAAGGAGACACAGAUGUUCGUUUUUUUUUUUUUUUCCUGUUUCUGAAAA